AUGUCUUCCAUGGUGCCUUUGAUCUGUUGGCUAGGAGGCUUUGGCUUUUUACUCUUUAUUUGUACUUCUGGAGGAGUUCAGAUUAAUCAGACAUUUUACAUGGAUAAGUGCAAGAAGACCACCACUUGUGAGCCCCUCAAAUACAAUGUUUGCCUGGGAUCUGUCCUCCCCUAUUCAUGGACUUCCAGUGUCCUGGCUGAAGAUUCCAGCACCCAGGAAGAGGUUCACAAUAAACUCUUACUUUGGUCUGGAUUACGGAAUGCUCCACGUUGUUGGGAUGCCAUCAGGCCUCUCCUGUGUGCUGUCUACAUGCCAAAGUGUGAAGGGGGCAAGGUAGAACUUCCCAGCCAGGGCCUGUGUCAGACAACACGGGUCCCAUGUGGAAUUGUAGCACGAGAGAGAGGUUGGCCUGAUUUCCUGAAGUGCACUACUGAUCGUUUCCCUGAGGGCUGCCCGAAUGAAGUACAGAACAUCAAGUUUAAUAGCUCUGGGCAGUGUGAGGCACCGCUUGUCCGUACUGACAACCCAAAGAGCUGGUAUGAGGAUGUGGAGGGCUGCGGCAUCCAGUGUCAGAACCCACUGUUCACUAAGAAGGAGCAUCGUGAGAUGCAUGUCUACAUUGCCAUAUUCAGCUCAGUCACCAUCUUUUGUACUUUUUUUACUCUGGCCACCUUCCUUGCAGACUGGAAGAAUUCCAACCGUUACCCAGCUGUCAUCCUGUUUUACGUAAAUGCAUGCUUCUUUGUAGGCAGCAUAGGUUGGCUUGCACAAUUUAUGGAUGGUGCCCGUGAUGAAAUAGUUUGUCGAGGGGAUGGUACCAUGAGGCUAGGGGAGCCCACAUCCAAUGAGACCCUUUCAUGUGUCAUUAUCUUUAUAAUUGUGUAUUAUUCCAUGAUGUCGGGUGUUAUCUGGUUCGUCAUGCUGACUUAUGCUUGGCACACCUCUUUUAAGGCCCUGGGCACCACACAUCAGCCCUUGUCUGGAAAGACUUCCUAUUUUCACCUGAUCACCUGGUCUAUACCUUUUGUCCUCACUGUUGCAAUACUUGCAGUGGCUCAGGUUGAUGGGGAUUCUGUAAGCGGCAUCUGCUUUGUUGGAUACAAGAAUUAUCACUACAGAGCAGGUUUUGUACUGGCUCCUAUUGGACUUGUGCUAAUUGGGGGAGGUUAUUUUUUAAUCAGAGGUGUAAUGACAUUAUUUUCCAUCAAGAGCAACCACCCAGGCCUUCUCAGUGAAAAAGCGGCCAGCAAAAUAAAUGAAACUAUGCUGCGGCUGGGAAUAUUUGGAUUUUUGGCCUUUGGUUUUGUGCUAAUCACAUUUGGCUGCCAUUUUUAUGACUUCUUCAAUCAAGCUGAGUGGGAACGGAGUUUUCGGGAAUAUGUUUUAUGUGAAGCCAAUGUAACUAUUGCAGAGCAGACCAAUAAGCCUAUUCCAGAAUGUUAUAUAAAGAACAGACCAAGCCUUCUAGUGGAGAAGAUCAACCUAUUUGCCAUGUUUGGAACUGGCAUAUCAAUGAGCACCUGGGUCUGGACAAAGGCUACUAUUAUCAUCUGGAAACGAGCAUGGUGCCGGAUUCUAGGGAGAAGUGAUGAUGAGCCAAAGAGGAUCAAGAAGAGUAAGAUGAUUGCCAAGGCCUUCUCCAAGAGGAAGGAGCUGCUGAAUAACCCAGAGAAGGAAUUGUCCUUCAGUCUACACAGUGUGUCGCAUGAAGGACCAGUUGCUGGUUUGAAUUUUGACAUGAAUGAGCCAUCAGCUGACAUGUCAUCUGCAUGGGCACAGCAUGUCACCAAAAUGGUGGCUAGAAGAGGAGCCAUUUUACCUCAAGAUGUCUCGGUAACACCUGUAGCAACUCCAGUUCCACCAGAAGAAAGGGACCAGUGGUUUAUUGAAGGAGAUAUACCUCAGGGGAUGGUUAAGAAAAUGUCCAAGAAAAAGAAAAGGCGAAAGAAAAAAGAAAUCCAGCCCCUGGAGGCAAAAACUGUCAAGGAGCACUUUCACAGUAGGGCUAACGCAGCAGUGCCUCGGCUUCCCAAGCUGCCUCUUAAGACUGGAUUGGUCACAAGAUCAAAACCUCAAGAAGUAGAUGAAACUCUUCCAGGGUCUUACAGAGAAUUCAGGAGAUUGCCCAAUAUACAAGAAAAAUUAUAUCCAGUAGAAGGUGUGAACAACAACCUGGGAUACACAAGAUACCCACAGUCCAACAUGAUGUCCCAUCCUUUCGCUGCAGACAAGAUGCCGCUUACAGAUGAAAGUAGAGUCGCGUAUGUCCCUGUGCCAAAACAUGAUGGAGUGUUUCAGUAUUCCAGUGCUAACUCGUAUUCUAAUCCUAUGGAUCUAACUUCAUAUAGAGGUAGAACUCAGCCUAGAUGGACAGAAAACCCACCAAUGCACUCUAGAGCAAACCUUAUGGAUGCAGAGCUAAUGGAUACAGAUUCUGAUUUUUAA